GCCGCUUGUUAGUCGCCACGUGCGGUUCGUUUCGUUUUCGGUUUCGGGCGUUCGCUGGCGUUGCGCACUUUUACUUUCGAUCACACGCGCUCGUUGUCUCGCUCCCACUCCCACUCGUUUACGUACUUCAGUGUGUGCGUGUGAGUGUGCAUUGGAAUAUUGCGUAGUUGUUUACAAUUGUAAAGUACACAAUUAAAAACCACAAAACGCAUAUAAAAUGUCUGGCAAUGAUGUUUCUGUCACUGAAACAGCACAAAGCGAUCAGUAUCUGCCCGCCAGUGGGACCACAGCGUUUCAUCAAUAUUAUCGCUACCACAACCACAAGCAGCAGCCACAACAGCAGCAGCAGCAACAACAGAGUUGCAUGCGACACAUACCACAACAGCAGCAGCAGCAACAGCAACAACAGCAGCAACAGCAACUUCGACAGCUGCAGUGGGAACAGCAGCAACAACAACUAGUGAACAGUUCAAGCGAAUUUGAUGAGUUCCACUGGCCGAGCAAGCAGCAGGGCAAAAUCUAUAUAACACCCGCAGACAUUCCGCCGCCACCUCAUCCACCACAUGGCAGCGGAGGCGGUGGCGGUAACAGUCAUAGUCACCACAAUGGCAACAAAAGCAGGCACCACCAUCACCAACAGCAACAGCAACAUCAGCAUCAACAGCAACAGCAGCAAGCACAUACCCAUUCACAUCCAGCUGCAACAUUGACGACACCGCAUCGCACACCGCCGCACCGCUGCAAAUGCGAGCAUCCCAUCGAGUUGCUGGACUAUGACUAUGAGGAUGCGGCUGCAACGCCAACAACAGCGGCAACAACAUCCGCCUCCGCACUCGCACACGCGCAUCAUCGUCACCAGCACCCGCCGUAUUACUAUAAGGCUGCCACUGGCAACAGCAACAGCCACAGUCACAGCAACAGCCACGCCAACUUAACCGGCAGCUAUCAGCUGAGGCGCCACAGUGCCAAGUUGCACGAAUCCAUGCUGGGCGGCGUCGGUGGCAGCAGCCUCGACGAUGACGAUUUGCACAGCGCCGGUGGCUUUGGCGGUGGCGGUGGCAUCACACGGUUUAAGAACCUGGUGUAUUCCAAGGAGAAGAAACGCCGCGUGCGGAUCAUUUUGAGCAUUGUUGCUGCCAUCGUAGCCGUAGCCCUGGUGGCUACUAUGAUCGUGUUCAUUGUGGGCUCUGGAGAUGAUGACAAGCCUGCUGACAAUACUGGGGAUAAGGGCAUUAAUCUAGAGGAUGUGCUCACUGGUCAAUUAUAUGCGAAGCGCUUCAAUGGCAGCUGGAGCAAUGGCAAUUCAGUGAUAUACAAAGAGCUUUCGGACAUUGUCGAGUUGGAUACUAAGACGCUAACGGUCACAAAACUGAUGACCAAUGCAGCGCAAUACGUGCUCUAUGAGAAAUCCGCUGAUGGACAAUUCCUGCUGCUGGCCAAGAACUACAAGAAGAACUUCCGCUACAGUUUCUUGGCUCAAUACGAUAUCUAUAACAUCAGCUCGGGCAAUAUUUCCUCACUCACCAUACAGAAUGAGCCGGUUUUUCUCAGCAUGGUGCAAUGGUCUCCGGUGGGAAAUGCGCUGAUCAUCAACUUUGAGCGUAAUCUCUACUAUAAGAAGGGUGCUCUGGAGCGUGAAAUUGCCAUCACAACCAAUGAGGAUGGCAUCUUUUUGCACGGCAUUCCGGAUUGGGUCUAUGAGGAGGAGGUGUUCAGCUCCAAUGUGGCAACCUGGUUCAAUCCAUCGGGCACUCAGAUCGCCUUCAUUCAGUUUGAUGAUUCGCCGACGCAUGUCAUCAAUUUCCCCUACUAUGGCGAACCUGGCGAUGUACGCUUCCAGUAUCCUUUGCAUCAGGAAAUUCACUAUCCCAAGGCGGGUUCAUCCAAUCCACGAGUUGUGCUCUACAUGGCUGAUCUCGAGAGCGCGUUGGCUGGUAGCCCAGACUUCCUUACUCCGAUGCCAAUUCCAAGCGCUCUGAAUACUGAAACCGAUUACAUUGUCACCGUUGUCAGUUGGCUGGAUGACAAUAAUGUGCUCUCCAUUUGGAUGAAUCGUAUUCAAAACGCCGCCUAUGUUGUUACCUUCGAUGGACGCGGCCGCAAGCAGCUGUAUAGCAAGACGUCUGAAACGGGCUGGGUGGAUCUGUACACAGCACCAUUCAAGAAUCGCAAUGGCUCCCGCUUGGCCUUUGUGCUGCCUCACGAGAACUACAAGCAGUUGCAACUGCUGCCAACAGAUGGCAGCACUAAUGCACAGCUGGAGCCGUUGACCAGCGGUAAAUUUGUGGUGGACAGCAUUCUCCACUGGGAUGGCACGCAUGACGUCAUCUUCUACACGGCCAACACGGAAAAGAACCCCGAGCAGCUGCAUCUGUAUGCGAUACGUGCGGUGGCAUCCACACGUAAGCAGACCCCCAGUUGUCUCACAUGCAAACUGAUGAUAUCGGGCAACGUGGAGCAAACGUACUACUCGGCCAUCUUCAAUGACAAUAAUCAAAUUGUGAUUAGCUCCCUGGGACCAGGCAUACCCACAACAGCCAUCUACGAGUGGAGCUACAGCAACUCUCAAGUGACGCUGAAGAAGCUGCUGGAUUGGGAGACCAAUGAUGUGUUGCGCAGCAAGCUGCAGGGCGUGUCACUGCCUUCGCAUCAGAUACUAACGGUAAACAUCGAUGGCGGAUUCCAGGCCAAGGUGCUGCUGCAACUUCCUCCCAAUUUGGAUACCAGCGGCAACACAAAGUAUCCCAUGCUGGUCGAUGUCUAUGGCGGACCUGAUUCUUACUCCGUGACCGACAAGUGGAUGAUGGACUGGGGCACUUAUCUUACCUCAAAUCAAUCUGUGAUCUAUGCCAAGAUCGAUGGACGCGGCUCCGGACUGCGUGGCGAGACGCUGUUGCAUGCCAUCUAUAUGCAAUUGGGCACAGUGGAAAUCAACGAUCAGAUCACAGUCACACAAAAUUUGACACAGUUGUAUAAGUACAUUGAUGCUGAUCACAUUGGUAUUUGGGGAUGGAGUUAUGGUGGCUAUGCGGCAGCCAUGGCGCUGGCCAAUGAUGAAAAUGGCGUCUUCAAGUGCGCCGCCUCCAUUGCACCUGUUACCGAUUGGACUUAUUAUGAUUCCAUUUAUACGGAACGUUAUAUGAACGUGCCAGAGGCUAAUGAGGCUGGCUAUGCCAAGUCUAGGCUGAGCACACGAGCCCAGCAGCUGCGGGGCAAGAAAUACUUGCUCGUCCAUGGCACAUCCGAUGACAAUGUGCACUACCAGCAGUCCAUGAUUCUGGCCAAGAAUCUGGAGCGUCACGACAUUCUCUUCAAGCAGAUUAGCUACGCUGACGAGGAUCAUGGACUGGCCAAUGUGCGUCCGCAUUUAUAUCAUUCGCUGGAUCGUUUCUUUGGCGAAUGCUUUGCCAGCAGUCGCCUCGCGAAGAGCGCCAAAUAAACAUCUCUAGUUCAAUAAGCAUCUAAAAAUAAUAACUUUUAAAGCUUGCAAGCAGAAUUCAAUUAAAUUAAAUUAUUCAAUGACGAUGAGCUAAACUAAUUGGUACUUAAAAAGUUGCAUUUCCAUUAAACAUACCAAAAAAAAAGAAAAACAAGUUUUAAAUCAAAGCAAUUAAUUAAAAAUGUAGUUACACAUUAAAAGUAAAAAAGAAAAUGCUUCACAAGAAAACCAAACUAAUGCAGGUCCAAAAGUGUUAUAAGAUAACUUGGAACAAUAAUAUUUGAAAUUGCAUUUUAAGACAUUUUAAGCAUAUUACAAAAUAACGAAAUGGAUACAAAAAUAUUUAUACAAUUAUUAACUACCUAGCGUACAGACCUUGUCUGACAUCGUAGUUAGCGCCUGUUAAAUAGAAAUUCAAGAAAACUGAGGAAUAUUAUAAAACUAUUUCACAAAAAAAUCGCAAACAAAAAUGUAGAUACAAUUAAUUCUUAGAAAACUAUUCAAAACAUUUUAUAAACUCUUUGCUCAAAUUCGAUGCUAGUGAAAGUAAUCUGCUUAAAAUUUUGUGAUGCCCUUGCAUACUUAGUAUAACCAUAUAAAUCAUAUAUCAAAUAUUUCAAGCAAGCCCUAUAAAGUACUAUAAAUCGGUAUCGCAAGGGUAUUAGAUGACUAUAACUUCGGCUCCGACCGGAGAGAGCUGAAUCGACAGGUGUUCUCUUAUAUAACUAAGAUUAUCUCCUGUACAUUGCGCCAGCUGAAAUUCAUAGCUUGUAGUUUGUUCUAGCUUUUUAAUUUGCCACAUUGUAAAAAAAAACAAAACAAAACGAAAACUUGUAAAUAAAUAGUUGUUAAAUGGCUUUUUGUAAA